AUGGUUGACCCUGUUUGGGAGCAUGGAGAAAAAAGGGGAUCAGGUUUCAAGUGCAAGUAUUGUGGCACAUCAAAGAGCGGUGGAGGGGCAACCCGGUUCAAGGACCACUUGGCACAUAGAGGUCAUGAUGUUAUUGAUUGCCCUUCGGUUCCCCCCACGGUGAAGAACUUUUUCAUUAGCGAGUUGGACAAGAUAAAGGCGAAGAAGUAUGAAAGACAGCAAGAUAGGCGUAGGAGAGAUGCUGCAGCUCGAAGUACUCAAUAUGUUGACUUGGAAGGUGAGGAAGAAGAAGAAGAGCAGGAUGAUGAGUUGCAGCAAGCUUUGAGACAUUCACGGGAAGAGUAUGAGUUUAGGCAAAGGGCUGGUCCAAGGUAUGAGAGGGGUGGUGGUUCUGGAUCAGGCCAGGCACGGGAUCCAGGUGGUGGCUCUAGACAAAUUGGGAGGUUGUUUUCUAGGAGUCGGUCACAUAUCCCCGAGCGGGCAAGGGACUAUAACCUUGCUACUGCUUCCGGACCGAGGCAGCAGAGGAUUGAUACGGGGCCUUGGACGUCUAAGGGGAGGACUGCGAGAGAGUUGCUGGGUAGGGCGUGGUCAAAGGCUUGCCACUCCGUUGGUAUUCCUGGACGGAAGGUAGAUGACCCUUACUUUAGGGCGGCCAUCAUAGAGACACAGAAACAAGGUACUGGGGUCACGAUCCCAACUGGGAGGGACAUUGAUGGAAAAUAUCUUUCAGAGAACGUGGAGGAGAUAAAGAAGGAGAUCAACAAGUGGAAGCAAGAGUUCCCUGAGUAUGGUGCCACUAUCAUAUGUGAUUCAUGGACCGGUAUUUCUCGCAAUAGCGUAAUCAACUUCUUGGUAUAUUGCAAUGGAAUGAUGUACUUCUGGAAGUCUAUUGAUGUAACUGGAAAAAUACAAGAUCAUCAGCUCAUACUUAAGGAGAUAACAAUUGUUCUGAACGAUAUAGGGCCAGAAGAUGUGAUUCAGAUAGUCACUGAUAAUUGCAGCAACUUUAAGAAGGCUUGCAAGCUGUUGGCAGAGGAGUACCCUCACAUUGUGUGGCAGCCAUGCCUUGCCCACACGAUCAACCUCAUUAUCAAAGAUAUUGGAAAAAUGGGAUGA